GCAAGAGAGCUUGUGGGAGGAGAGGGUAAUGAGAGGGAGGGAUUUCGAGAUGAGUAUGGGAUCAGCAGGAGCGUGAGCAGCUGGGUGGAGAGCAGCAUAGAGCUGCUGCAGGGCCAUGGGAAGAGGACAGCCCCUGGCUUCCCGGCUUUUUCUCUCCACCUCUCUCAUGACACCGCCAUUCCAGUGAAGGAUUCUUGCUCCUCCGCCUGACUUCACAGUCUGCCUUCCCCGCCUCUCUGUUCACUCUACGAUGGCUGGUAAUUCCCUGCUGACAGUUCCGAGCAACUUUGAAUCCUCACUGAUGUAUGAAGUUUCUGAGCAACAGUGCAGUGGCACCGAAAGUUCAGGAAGCAGUCUGGGGAGCUCAGUCACAGCCUGUAAGAAGGUCCUUUGCAGUAAUAGUCUACUGGAAUCAACGGACUACUGGCUACAGAAUCAGAGGACCCUGUGCCAAAUCGGCUUUGUGGAAGACAAGUCUGAAAACUGUGCAUCCGUAUGUUUUGUGAACCUGGAUGUCACCAAAGAAGACUGCAACAAUGAGCACCUACAACAGAAGUUGGUCAGUGUGUCACCAGAUCUCCCAAAGCUUAUCAAUUCUAUGAAUGUCCAACAACCAAAGGAAAAUGAAAUUGUCCUUCUGAGUGGAUUAUCUUCAGGAAACCUCCAUGCUGAUUUUGAAGCUUCUAAGCAUCCUUGGCUGCCAGACAUAUGCUUGGUGCAGUGUGCGAGGGGGAACAGACAAAACAGUACCAAUUGUAUCAUCUUUGAAAUCAACAAGUUUCUGAUCGGCCUUGAGCUGGUGCAGGAGAGGCAACUACAUCUGGAAACCAAUGUCUUCAAGCUGGAAGAUGACACCAACUGCUCUGUGUCCUCAAUAGAAGAGGACUUCCUCACAGCAUCAGAGCAUUUAGAGGAUGAGAGCGAGGUGGAUGAAUAUAAAAACGGUUAUGAAAAUGUAAAUAUCUCAGUCAAUGUUUCAGAAAGUAAGAAGUCAAAGGAAGCUACACAAGGGGAUCUGAAUUGCAAAAAGGGCAAAUUACGUUAUGCUUUCGAAGAAAAUUAUAUUUGCAAAGAUAAUGCCACUUCACAUAAAUCCUCAAGGUAUCUGGAAGGAACACUGAGGAAAGCAGCAGAAAUUAUUUUGCCCAGUACAGAUCAAUUGGCCCAGCAACUGCGACAGAAAGGUGACAUAUCUGGGGAAAAGGGACCACCCACUAGCAAUUUUGCAGAAAGCUGUAAAGGUCCAGUGGAAAGUUCUCAUGCCUUGCAGACUCUGGACAAGAGACAUUUGGACAGAAUGGUUAAGGAACAACUAACAUCUGUACGUGACACCACCUUGAAACAUAAUGGAAACCCAGACCUUGAGGAGAGUCUGAAGAAUAAAGAACAAUCUCAUCCUUCUCUGCGAGACGAAGGCACAACAACUGGCGAGUAUGCCACAAAUCUGGCAGAAUCUGUCCUACAAGAUGCAUUUAUUAGGCUGUCCCAGUCUCAGCCAACAGGUCCUAUGAGAUCUGUGGCAAAUGCCCCCACUAAAAAAGCUUUGAUUUCAGAAGGCUGCACUGCAGAAGACGUAGACCUCCCUAGGUCAUGGCAGGAACUUCCCAAAAUAGUCAUUGUACAGAGUCCAGACAGCGGUGAAACCAUAUCUGAAUGGCCUGGGACAAACCCCCAAAGCUUCAGCCACUGGACACAAUCUGAUCCUUCAGCUGACAUUUCAGGUGAACUUCACGAAGAGAAGUCCAUCAGACCUCCCCAGAGUGCUCUAGAAGUAGCGUUAGCUUGUGCUGCUACUGUUAUUGGAACUAUUUCCAGUCCUCAGGCCACUGAAAGAUUCAGAUUAGAGCAAGAAAGCUCAGCAGCUAAUGGUCAAGUGUUAGGGAAUGAGGAGCUUCAAAGACCAGCUACCCAAGUACUUCAAGAUGCUACAAGCAUGGAAUAUUCAUUUCCAUCAGCACUGUGUGGCAUGACUCAGGUGGCUAGUGCUGUUGCUGUCUGUGGUCUUGGGGAAAUGCAAGAAGAUAAGUACCCCGUGGCAUCAAGUGGCCUCUUGUCUGCAGCAGAGGCCUCUACAGCAGUUACCCUCCAUGGUAGCAUAGCCAUGGGCAGUAACGUGGAGACCUUCAACAGAAGCAUUGCAGAGGCCCUUCUCAAAGAGGCAUCUGUGGUUCUGACUAAGCCUAAUAACUACAGCAGCAUUGGAAACUUCAUGGAAUCGAUGAACAGAAAGAUUAUUGAAACCGUGUCCAGGCCUCAGAUCUCUUGCUUAGACAAAAUCCUUGGGGAUGAGCUAGCAGAGGAUUUAUCCAAUGUUAUCCUGAAGCAUUCACUUGAAGAAGUUAACCGGAAAAAGAAAACGAUCGAUUCUGAGGCCACUGGGGAUCCAGACAAGAAUACCCAGGACAUCCUCAUGGAGACUGUAAAUGAACUGCUUUUCAAUGCGAUGUAUUUCACUUUCAAAAAGAUGAGCAACAUCACACAGUUCAGUGAGCAUCCCCCCAUCUUUUCUAAGGAGAACAGAUGGAGAGGAACAGAAAUAGACCAUCAGCUAACAGAGACAGCAGCUAGUCAAACAGCCCCAAGAGCUCCUGACUAUGCCAACAGUGGCACAAUUAAUAAUUGGUACAAUGCUGGUGCUGUCAAAGAUCUUGUAGAUGUCACACAUCCAAAAAGGGAUAAUAAUAGCAGAGGAAUGCCAAACAUUUUUGAAAGCCCCAUGCUUCCAUCAGAACUGCCUUUUAAUACUAAUGCUCAUAAUUCAUUGGCUGCAAAAGCAUCUCCUAAGAAAAGAUACCCAAAACAAACCACUGGAGAUUACCCCAGAGUUCCUAAUCAGAGGCUCAGUCACAAUAGGAAUGGACUCAGAUCCUUUUCAGAUCCAUUACCAGGCAGUGGGAUGCAAGAACUGAUGUAUUCUGAAUCCAUCAUCAGCCCAGACACCCAAGAAAAACGCAAGCAUGACAGUCUUCUCAACACUGAGGUUCAAGUUAACACGUCUCAAUUGGGGAGCAACUUGAUGCUUUCAUCUCAACCUAUGCUACAAGUUGAACAUUCAGCAGAUAACUACUGUGUAAUAGACUUUGCUGAAGAAUUAGCAGAAACUGUUGUCUCUAUGGCAACAGAAAUAGCUGCAAUCUGCCUGGAUAAUUCAAAUGGAAAGCAACCCUGGUUUUGCGCCUGGAAAAGGGGAAAUGAAUAUUUGAUGACACCAAGCUUGUCCUACCGAACCCUGAAAAGAAAGAAGGAAACCCAGGCCAAUGGAUCUAUUGUUAGGAAGCACAAGCCCCCUCGACUUAGUGAGAUAAAAAGAAAAACUGAUGAGCACCCUGAACUUAAAGAGAGGCUAAUGAACAGGGUCGUGGAUGAGUCUGUAAAUCUCGAUGAUGUUCCAGACUCAGUCAACAUCUUUGCAAAUGAAGUAGCUGCCAAGAUUAUGAACCUGACAGAGUUUUCUGUGGUGGAUGGAAUUUGGCAAGCUCAGAAUCAUCCUCGAAACAGGCUACUAGGUGAAAGGUUGAAUCGUGUGAAAGCAUCUAGCUGUGAAAGCAUCCCUGAAGAGGAUUCAGAUUCCCGAGGAUUUGUAAACAGCUUGGGUUUAAUGAAUACCUUGAGUCAGCCAGUUAGCAGAGCCAGCUCUGUCUCCAAACAGUCCAGCUGUGAGAGCAUUACAGAUGAGUUCUCCAGGUUCAUGGUAAAUCAAAUGGAAAAUGAAGGGAGGGGAUUUGAUUUACUGCUGGAUUACUAUGCUGGCAGGAAUGCAAAUACCAUCCUAACCUCUGCUCUGCAGCAGGUGUCUCGAAAGAACGGACACCUCAGUGUGAAGCCCAGCUGUCCCUCUAAGCAAUCCAGCACAGAAAGUAUAACUGAGGAGUUCUAUAGGUACAUGCUAAGGGACCUUGACAGAGAGAGCAAAGAUAGCAUAUCCUCUAGCCGAAGCAGCCAAGACUGGGACACCAGUUUGUUAUCUCCUUCUCCCCAGUCCCCGUUUUGUUACAGACAGUUCUCUGUGCCAGAAAGUAGGUCUUCUUGUGCCAAGCUAACAGUGAAUGCUCCAGUCAAGGCAAACUCUCUGGAUGGCUUUGCUCAGAAUGGCCAGCAAGACUUCUUGAGUGUUCAGCCAGUCAGCAAUGUGUCUUCAUCUGGCCUUUGCAAGUCUGACUCUUGUUUAUAUCAGAGAGGAAGGACGGAUCAAAUCACAAGCAUGUUAAUUCAUGAGACAUGGACAAACUCAAUUCAAGCCCUUAUGCAAAAAAAUAAAAUAAUAGCAGAUGAGACAGAAGCAACAGAUGCCGAUCCUGUUUCAAGAGGUUCUCCCUGUCAUGUAAAACAGUAUGCUAACAAAUCAGGUGCAAGCACUGAGGAGAACGGAAACAUUCUGCUGGUGGUUCAUCAGGAUUCCUUUGCUUACACAAAUAAAGACUCAGUAACAGAAAAUAGACAUCUUUCCACUGCAGCUCCAGACCAAGCAGCAACUCCCAUGGAACAAACACAAGUAGAUUUUAAAAAAGGGCAUUUCUCCAGCCAUGACACUGGUCUAGGGAGUCACAUAGGUCCAUCCUCUUGCUCAAGGGAAGUACCUUUGAUUCAGAUUGAAACUGAUCAAAGGGAUGACCUCAUUGAAGAAUCAGAAGCUGUUCUUUCCGAAAAUAUCUGCACUGGAGAAGUAAAAGAAAAUGACGUCAACAAAGAAAAGGACCCUGAAAUGGACAGUGGCAGAAACACAGCUGCAAGCUCCAUCACAAACAACAGUGUUGACCUUAGUGCCGAAAAUGCUCCUGACCCUGGAAUGUCUGUGGAAGUCCGAGCCCCAGAGGAGUCCCUGAACCCUCAAGGCAACAGCAGCAGUGAUGAGAGCACAGGCAGCUGGUCACAGCUGGUCAACGAUGAGGACAAUCCUGAUGACACAAGUAGCUAUCUGCAGCUCAGUGAGAGAUCCAUGAGCAAUGGCAACAGUAGUACCACUAGCAGUCUUGGCAUUAUGGAUCUGGAAAUUUAUCAGGAAAACAUGCCCUCUUCUCCCAUGAUUAAUGAACUUGUUGAAGAAAAGGAAUGCCUUAAAGAACCAUCAGAAAACAUGGAGGAGUGUACUUCCAAACUGUCUGUGGGAACAGCCAGCUGCCAAAGGAACCUAUUGGUGAUAAACUUUGAUCUGGAGCCAGAGUGCCCUGAUGCAGAACUUCGUGCCACGCUGCAAUGGAUAGCGGCCUCAGAACUUGGAAUUUCCACCAUCUACUUUAAGAAAUCUCAGGAAAACAGAAUUGAAAAGUUCCUGGAUGUUGUGCAGCUAGUUCAUCAGAAGGCCUGGAAGGUGGGUGACAUAUUUCAUGCAGUGGUCCAAUACUGCAAGCUUCACGAGGAGAGAAAGGAGCUGAAACCAAGCCUAUUUGACUGGCUCCUAGAAUUGGGAUAAGGCAGCUGUCCCUGUAAAGUCUUUUCAUCUUUUAUUCCAGCUUAGGUUACAGUGGUUUGUGCAAUGCUAUAAGUUUUCCCAUAACAUUAGCAGAAUUUAAAAAAAAAAUCUGCUCCCAAAGUGUAUUACAUAUGGAUAUGCUCAAAAGAAAUGAAAUUAAGAAGUUUUUAUUUAUCAUUAGACCCUGCGGGUGAGUUUUGAAAUACUGUGCUUUAGAACAUACUGUAUCAAAAGGGAAACUCUUCUUUGCUCUGAUAUAGGUAAGCUUGUGAAUAGGCUUGAACCAAAUGAAGAUUAUUGUGGCUACAUAUUUAUAUAACAAAAUGUCGUGAAUAUCUUUAUUUACAUGAAUCAACUUAAAAUUAAUAUUGGUCAAAAGAAUUUUGUAAACAAUGGUAUUGAUUUCUUGUAACCUUUACAUGGUAGUCAUUCAGAAGGUAAGCAAAAACCACAGGAAUACUUAAGAAAUGAUGGCAGAAAUUCUAGGUCCCUUUUAGGCUCAAAGGGGCAGCUAGGUGGCACCAUAGUGCACAGAGCACUGGGCCUGGAGUCAGGAAGACUCAUGUUCCUGAGUUC